AUGGCCGAAAAGUGGGGUACUAGACUUAAUGAAAUGCAGCACUCUGGAAUAACGGUGGCUAAAUCCGCCGAGGAAGUUGCCGAAUCCUUAUUAGGAUUCUAA